UCAUUGGAACAUUUCGUCUCGUUGGAAUUCAUUCCAACACAGCCAAUAAACAAUAUCAGUCACACUCUUCUCUCUGUGUGUGUUUUUAGUUUUUACCUGUGUUUUUCUCUCUGCAGAAUUUUCUAAAUUUCUCCUCUAUCCUCUCUCCUCUGCUGCUGAAAUUCCCACACUAAUCAUCAGGAACGCACGAUCUUCCGUACGAAUGUAAUUUUGAUAUUUGAUUUUGGAGCAUUCCCUCUCAUUUUGCUCGUUUCGUCCAGUUUUAUUUUCCGUUAACUGGCUGAAUUGAUUGUUUUAGUUGAAAGUGAAAGAAAAAAAAAAUGCUUGAAGCAAUGGAAAGUUCCAUGAACGGAGGCGUCCCGCAGUUACAGAGCUAUGGAGAUAGCAGUGAGGAGGAGCUCUCGGUGCUUCCUCGUCACACGAAAGUGGUGGUUACCGGAAAUAACCGCACGAAAUCGGUGCUCGUUGGUCUCCAAGGCGUGGUCAAGAAGGCCGUUGGACUAGGCGGUUGGCAUUGGCUGGUUCUUACAAAUGGCAUUGAAGUGAAGCUACAGCGGAAUGCUCUUAGUGUGAUUGAAGCACCCACUGGCAAUGAGGAAGAUAAUGACCUUGAAUUUGAAAACUUGUCCUGGAAUGGAUCAGAUAUGGCAUCCGACGACAGACGUAAGUCCCAUAAAUCGAGGCACAGAAUGCAUAGAUCAUUGGGAUCAUCACAUAAGACUAUGAGUAGGUCCUUGUCUGGUGAUUCACUGUCUAAGGGUUCUUCUGCUUCUACGCCGAAUGGGUCCACGAAGGUUUAUUUAAGUAAGCUGGAGAUGGCUGCAUUGUGGAGAUAUUGGCGACAUUUUAAUCUGGUGGAUGCCGUCCCAAACCCAUCAAAAGAGCAGCUGGUAGACGUUGUUCAGAGGCAUUUCAUGUCACAGCAAAUGGACGAGUUGCAGGUCAUUGUGGGAUUUGUUCAAGCUGCAAAGAGGCUCAAGACUGUGUGCGAUUGACACAUGGUGACAUGGAACCAAAUGGAGUGAGAUGUUAUGAUAUUUUUGUAAGUUAUAGUCUAUGCUAACAGAGAUAAUGUGUGUAAUAUCCACUUCCAUUCGUACUAUGUAAUAUAUAUUGUCGGUGAUUUUAUCCUUGAUAUAGUAGUAGGUUAGUACUGAGGUUAUAGAGGUUCUUACUUUGUCGUAGCAGCCAAGUUAUGUAGAUAUAUUAUAUGAGAAAUGCUAGGGGCAUCAAAAUUUAUUAUUUUUUAUCAUCACUUAGCCAUCAACUCAAUUCAUUUAGUUUAGUAAUCCAACAACAUUUUAUUUCAUACUUUUCAAUAUUAAUGGUUAACUGAUGGCUAAAAACAACAAAAUUUGAUGGCCUUUUAGUAUUUUUCAUAUUAUAUAUGUGACCUUGCAACUGGAUCUAUCAUUAGGGAAGUCUCCACAACUUUGUUUCCUUAAGCUUGAUUCAAUGUUCUUCUCAACUGGGAAGUGGAUUUUCUGAGACCAUAAUGUAUAUAUAUUUUAGUUCUCCUAACUUAUGUUCUUCUUAACCAAAUUGAUUCUGUUAUGAUCAUAUAUACUGGUCUCGCUGACCAGUGCCAGUGCUAAUCCUUUCCUUAGCUGUUUUUUGAGGACUAAUUCAUGAUGAUUUUAAAUUGUUA